AUGAAGAGCGCUCUUCUCACUGCCGCCGCGCUUCUGGGCUCUGCCCAGGCCGGCAUCCACAAGAUGAAGCUCAACAAGGUCCCUCUUGCCGACACACUGGCUACCAACUCCGUUGAGGAGCACCUCCAGAGCCUCGGCCAGAAGUACAUGGGUGCUGCUCGCCCCAAGAACGCUGCCGACUACGCUUUCGCUACCAACGUCCCCAACGUUCAGGGUGGCCACCCCGUCCCCGUCUCCAACUUCAUGAACGCUCAGUACUUCUCCGAGAUCACCAUCGGAACUCCUCCCCAGAGCUUCAAGGUCGUCCUCGAUACCGGUAGCUCCAACCUCUGGGUUCCCUCCCAGCAGUGUGGCAGCAUCGCUUGCUACCUCCACUCCAAGUACGACUCCUCUGCCUCAUCGACUUACAAGUCCAACGGCAGCGAGUUCGAAAUCCAUUACGGAUCUGGCAGCCUGUCUGGUUUCGUCUCCAACGAUGUCAUGCAGAUUGGCGACCUCAAGAUCAAGGAUCAGGACUUUGCUGAGGCAACCAAGGAGCCCGGCCUGGCUUUUGCCUUCGGUCGCUUCGACGGUAUCCUCGGUCUCGGCUAUGACCGUAUUUCUGUGAACGGCAUGGUCCCUCCCUUCUACCAGAUGGUCAACCAGAAGCUCCUGGACGAGCCUGUUUUCGCCUUCUAUCUUGAUGGCCAAGAGGGUGAGAGUGAGGCUACCUUUGGCGGUGUUGAUAAGUCCAAGUACACUGGAGAUAUCGAGUACAUUCCCCUCCGCCGCAAGGCCUACUGGGAGGUUGACCUUGAGGCCAUUGCCUUCGGUGAUGAGGUCGCUGAGCAGGAGAACACUGGUGCCAUUCUUGACACUGGUACCUCUCUCAACGUCCUCCCCAGCGCCCUCGCUGAGCUCUUGAACAAGGAGAUUGGUGCCAAGAAGGGUUACAACGGCCAGUACACCAUCGAGUGCAGCAAGAUCCAGGAGCUCCCCGAUAUCACCUUCAACCUCGCUGGAUCCAACUACAGCCUCCCCGCCUCUGACUACAUCCUCGAGGUCCAGGGCAGCUGUAUCUCUACCUUCCAGGGUAUGGACUUCCCCGAGCCUGUAGGACCCCUUGUCAUCCUUGGUGAUGCUUUCCUCCGACGAUACUACUCUGUCUACGACCUCGGCAAGAACGCUGUUGGUCUGGCUCGCGCCAAGUAA